UUUUGACUUUCUUUCAGUUUUAUUAACCUUUAAAUGCUUUAAAUAUAUUUAAAAAAUACAUUAAAGUGAAAGCUAAAGCAUGAUAGAGUACGACAGCAAGUAUUUGUCCGAUAAUUUCAGCAACGUUUGUCGGUUUUGUUUAUCACAGAAUAACUGUGUGGAAAUUCUGUCCCAUGGUAUGAUUAAUGAACACCUGGAAAAAGCAAUCGAUUUCAUUGUUUCCAAGGUCGAUGAGAAUGAUGGCUUGCCGAACAAUAUUUGUCAAAAAUGCCUCAAGUGCGUGCUCGAAUUUGCAGAGCUUGAGCAACGCUGCCAAGAAGCAUACGAAAUUCUUCAGCAAAUCACGGAACUGCAUUCAACGAACUCACAGAGCUGCACAGAAGUACAUACCGAAGAAAUCAGUUGUGCAGAAAAGGCAGAAUUUAUACAAAACUUUGAACAUGAAAAUGUCGAUGUAAAAUUCAAUUCUAUAGACGAAAGUGAACAACCUCUAGAUGAGACAAGUAUGGAUGAGCAAGCGUACACUAAUUAUCCUGAGUCAGAUAAUAAUGACGAUGAGUCGGAAAUCAUCAAACCAUCGCUAAGAAAGGGGAAAAACUGUCCGAUAUGUGGAAAGUUUGUAUCUCAACUUAGCAAGCACCUGCCAAUGCAUUCCGGUGUCAAGCGCCACGCUUGUUCCUAUUGCAGUAAACAGUUUGCCCACGAUACCACCCUGCGCAAGCACAUAAAUUCAGUCCAUCUCAAAAUAAAAAAGUAUCAAUGCGAGCACUGCCCGGAAUCGUUCACCGACCGUAGCUCGCUGCGGUACCACGACGUGGUGAAGCACCGGGAUUCGAAAGAUUUCACAUGCAACAUCUGUAGCAAAUCGUACUAUACAUCUACAGGCCUGCUACAGCACAACAGUUUGAACCAUGAACAGCGAAAGUUUAAGUGUGAUGAAUGCGGGAAAAUGUUUGCCAUGAAGUAUCACUUGAAGGAACACGAGAAGAUUCAUUCGGACGUUAGACCUUACGCGUGCAGCUUGUGUGAUAGGACGUUCAAGCGUUCGAAGAAUUUGAAUGAACAUUUAGUAACGCACAGAGAUGGUAAUACUUGAAAUUAAAGAGGUAUACUUUGCUUUGCAUACGUUGAUCUUUUCUACUGUAUCUAAUAAAGGUAGUGAA